GGCGUCGCGCGGGAUUGUGCUUCUCGGGGACCGCCAUGAGCAAGCGGAACCAGGUGUCGUACGUGCGGCCGGCCGAGCCCGCGUUCCUGUCGCGCUUCAAGGAGCGGGUCGGCUACCGGGAGGGGCCCACGGUGGAGACCAAGAGAAUCCAGCCUCCGCUUCCAGAUGAAGAUGGUGAUCACAGUGACAAAGAAGAUGAACAGCCUCAAGUGGUCGUUUUAAAGAAAGGAGACCUGACAGUUGAGGAAGUCAUGAAAAUUAAAGCAGAAAUAAGGGCUGAAAAAGCAGAUGAAGAGCCACAUCCAGCUGAUGGAAGAAUCAUGUAUCGAAAACCAGUUAAGCGUUCCCCAGAUGAAAAGUAUUCAGGCUUAACAGCAAGUUCAAAAAAGAAGAAAACAAAAGAAGAUGGUGCAUAUAAGCAAGACUCAGUUAAAAAGAAUUCACCAAAAAAAAUCAAAAACAGUAACCUCCUUUCUUUUGAUAAUGAAGAUGAAAAUGAGUAAGUGCAAACAUUUUGGACCUAGUUUCCGUUGAAAACAAUGAGGGUUUUUGUUUUUUGUUUUAUUGAGAUGGGGUGUCACUAGCCAAGGCUGGCCUGCAACUCACUAUGCAGCCCCUACCUGGCCUUGAACUCAUGGUGAUCCUCCUACCUCUGCCUCCCAAGUGCUGAGAUUAAAGGUGUGCGCCACCAUACCUUGUUGUAUUUUUUAAAGUAACAUUUCUUUUUCUGAUUUUUUUUAAGUAAGAUCUUAUUAUAAUACAAGUUGCCUGUAGAAAAUUUAGAAAACAUUUGGAAAUUAAUGGGAAAAAGUCUUUAUCGUUACCCUUCUAUCUAGAAAUCCAAACUCUAGAAGCUAACUACUGUUAACACUUUGUUGUGCUGGGCAUGGUGGUGCACGCAUUUAAUCCCAGUACUCGGAGAGAGUUAGGAGGAUCACUGUGAGUUCUAGGCCAUCCUGAGACUACAUAGUGAACUCCAGGUCAUCUGGGCUAAAGUAAAACCCUACCUCAAAAUAAAAUAAAAUAACAUUUUGUUGUGGCCCACGUGUGUUGGAUGUGUGUGUGUGUGUGUAAAUAAUAUUUUUAAACAAAAUUGAGAUUGUAUUACAUAUACUGCUUACAUUGUGAACAUUUUUCCAGACCAGUAUACUUUAAAAUCCAACUAAGCCGGGCAUGGUGGCACACGCCUUUAAUCCCAGCACUCAGGGCAGAAGUAGGAGGACCGCCAUGAGUUCAAGGCCACCCUGAGACUACAUAGUUAAUUCCAGGUCAGCCUGGACCAGAGUGAGACCCUACCUCGAAACACCCCCUCAAAAAAAAAAUAAAAUAAAAUCCAACUACAAAGCCAGGUUUGGUGUUGCACACCUCCAAUCCCAACACUUGGGAGGCACAGAUAAGAGGAGCACUGUGAGUUCAAGCCAUGUCCAGGUCAGCCUGGGCUAGAGGAAGACCCUACCUCAGAAAACAAAAUGAAGGGCUGGGGAGAUGGCUU